CUCACUGCUGACUUACAGAGUGUGCAGUGAGGCACAGUCUUCAUCUUGCUACAAUGUCUGAGUUUAUCUUAGCCUUAGUAACAAUAUCCGGAUUAUUUCCUAUUGCUAAGGUGCUGGCUGUGGGAGCUGAUGAAGAGCAACAAUUGUGUGAUCCAGGAGAAUUUUUUUGCCGCGAUAAUAUCACAUGUGUGUCUGAGAGUUGGUUAUGUGAUGGAGAGCCGGACUGCCCUGAUAAUUCAGAUGAAUCACUAGACAGUUGUCAAGAAAAAAUUGUUUUCAAGUGUCCCAUGAAUCAUGUGGUUUGCGUUGGAACUAAAACAUGCAUACAUUUUUCCAGACUGUGUAAUGGGAUUUACGACUGUGCAGAUGGAUAUGAUGAAGGAGCUCAUUGUCGAGAAUUGCUAUCAUUAUGCCAAAGAAAAAACUGUCAGUUUAAAUGUGGUAUUACAAGGAAUGGGACAGACUGCUACUGCAGAGAUGGCUAUGAAAUAGGACCAGAUGGAAGAAGCUGCAUGGAUAUUGAUGAGUGUGCUGUGUAUGGAUCUUGCAGUCAGACUUGUACCAAUAAUCUUGGAUCUUAUACAUGCAGUUGCGUUGAGGGAUAUUUAAUACAGUCUGACAACAGAUCUUGCAAGGCAAAAAAUGAUCCUGCUGACAGACCUCCGGUCCUUUUGAUUGCAAACUCUGACACAAUUGAAGUGCUGGAUAUUAAUGGGGAAGAAACAAACAUUCGGACUUCUAUGAAUGCAAAUGGGAUUUAUACAUUGGAUUUUAUUUAUGACAUGAGCUUAGUUUGCUGGAUUGAUUCCAAGAAGUCUUCAAAUCAGCUAAAAUGUUAUAAACUAACAAAAACAUGGAUGUUUACAGAUGAAAGGAUUAUACAAUUGUCUCAGUAUCUUCAAAAUGUUCAGCAAAUGGCAGUGGAUUGGCUCACUGGAAAUUUUUACUUUGUGGAUCAUGGAAGUGACAGGAUUUUCACAUGCAAUUACAAUGGAACCGUGUGCAUUACUUUGGUAGACCUUGAUCUUCAUAACCCUAAGGCAAUUGCAGUUGAUCCUACAGCAGGAAAACUUUUCUUUACGGAUUAUGGAAAUGUUGCAAAAGUUGAGAGAUGUAAUUUGGAUGGAAUGAAUCGGACAAGAUUAAUAUUAACCAAAAUUGAACAACCAACUGCCCUAACACUAGAUCUAGUAAAUAAAUUGGUUUAUUGGGCAGAUGUUUAUUUGGACUACAUUGAGGUCGCUGAUUAUGAAGGAAGGAACAGGCAAUUGAUAAUACAUGGAAAAGAAGUUACGCAUGUGUAUGCUUUAUCUUUAUUUGAAAAUUACUUAUAUGCUACCAACCUUGAUAGCUCCAACAUCCUAAGAAUCAACAGAUUUAACAGCACAGAUGUUCAACCAUUGGUAAAACUAGAAAAUGCUCGGGACAUUCACAUUUAUCACAAAAGGGUGCAACCAUCAGUCAGGAGCCAUGCAUGUGAAGUAAACCCAGAUGGAUUGCCAGGGGGCUGCUCACACAUCUGUCUGCUCAGCUUCAGUUACAAAACGCGGACCUGUCGCUGCAAGAAUGGCUUCAUUUUGGCAAAUGAUGGAAGGUCAUGCAAAAAACCCAAGAAUGAAUUAUUUUUAUUUUAUGGAAAAGGACGGCCGGGAAUUAUAAGGGGAAUAGAUCUGAACACCAAAGUGUCUGAUGAAUAUAUGCUUCCUAUCGAAAAUUUAGUUAACCCAAGGGCUUUGGAUUUUCACGCAGAAUCCAACUAUAUUUAUUUUGCAGAUACCACUAGUUUUCUUAUUGGUCGACAGAAAACUGAUGGUACAGGAAGAGAAACUAUUCUUAAAGAUGAUCUUGAUAAUGUGGAGGGAAUAGCUGUAGACUGGAUUGCUAAAAAUUUGUAUUGGACAAAUGAUGGACAUAGAAAAACUAUUAAUGUUGCAAGAUUAGAGAAGGCAUCACAAAGCCGAAAGACCUUAUUAGAGGGAGAAAUGUCACAUCCUCGAGGAAUCGUCGUGGAUCCUGUUAAAGGGUGGAUGUAUUGGACAGAUUGGGAAGAAGAUGAAAUAGAUGACAGAAUGGGAAGAAUUGAAAAGGCAUGGAUGAAUGGUCAUAAUAGACAGAUUUUUGUCACUUCAAAGAUGUUAUGGCCAAAUGGGUUAUCACUGGACCAUGAAAACAGUGUAUUGUACUGGUGUGAUGCGUACUAUGAUCAUAUUGAACAGAUCUUUUUAAAUGGUACCCAAAGAAAGGUAGUAGGUAGUGGUAAAGAGUUAAAUCAUCCUUUUGGGCUCUCCCAUCAUGAACAGUACAUCUUUUGGACUGACUACAUAACCGGAUCCAUAUUCCAGUUGGAUUUAAGAACUAAAAAUGUUACUCUGCUAAGGCAUGAAAGGCCCCCAUUGUUUGGCCUUCAAAUUUAUGAUCCCAGGAAACAGCAAGGUGACAAUGCUUGUAAUUUCAACAAUGGGGGCUGCAGUAUGCUGUGCUUAGCUAUUCCUGCAGGCAGAGUUUGUGGCUGUGCUGAUAACCAACAUUUGGAUGUAAACAAUGCAACUUGUAUGUUCAAUGCUGAAGAGAAAAUGCCUCAGCUAUGUGAUCUGGAGGAAUUUCAAUGUAAAAACCGGCAUUGUAUUCAAGAAAGCUGGACUUGUGAUGGAGAAGAUGAUUGCUUAGAUGGCAGUGAUGAAGAUCUUGAACGUUGCUUGAACCACAGCUGCCCAAGUGAUCAAUUUAAAUGCCAAAAUAAUCGAUGUAUUCCCAAGAGAUGGCUAUGUGAUGGUGCAAAUGAUUGUGGAAAUAAUGAAGAUGAAUCAAAUGAGACUUGUUCAGCAAGGACUUGCCUGCCUCAUCAAUUUUCUUGCAAUAAUGGGCGCUGUAUUUCUAAGUCAUGGUUAUGUGAUCAUGAAGAUGACUGUGGAGAUAAAUCAGAUGAGAUAGCAUCCUGUGAACUUCAAACUUGUGAACCUUUGACUCAGUUUGUGUGUGGAAAUGGGCGAUGCAUUAGCAACAAGUGGCACUGUGAUUCAGAUGAUGAUUGUGGUGAUGGCACAGAUGAGAUUGGAUGUUCUAUCUUUUGCACUGAUAAACAAUUUCGAUGCUCUAGUGGCAGAUGUAUUUCAGGACAUUGGGUAUGUGACGGUGACAAUGACUGUGGAGAUUUCAGCGAUGAAAUGCAUGCCAACUGUUCCAGAACAGAAAUAUCAAAUGUGGCAACUUGCGAAGGAAAACAAUUCCAGUGCCACCCUGAUGGAAAUUGUAUCCCGGAUCUGUGGCUGUGUGAUGGAGAAAAAGAUUGUGAAGAUGGAAGUGAUGAGAGAGGCUGCAAUGGGACUCUACGGCAGUGUGAUGCUAGGACAAAGUUUGCAUGUAAAAAUACAGGGAGAUGCAUUAGCAAUGCAUGGGUAUGUGAUGGAGAUAUUGAUUGUGAAGACCAUUCAGAUGAGGAUAAUUGUGAAGGUUAUAUGUGUGGACCACCAAAAUACCCUUGUGCUAAUGAUACCUCCAUCUGCCUGCAGCCUGAGAAGCUUUGCAACGGGAAAAGAGAUUGUCCUGAUGGAUCUGAUGAAGGCGAAAUCUGUGAUGAAUGUUCACUGAAUAAUGGAGACUGCAGUCAUCAGUGCACUGUGGCUCCUGGUCGUGGUAUUAUUUGUUCAUGUCCACAAGAAAUGCAUUUAGGUUCUGACAACAAGACUUGUGAAAUUGUGGAUUACUGCACAACGCAUCUGAAGUGUAGCCAAGUCUGUGAACAGCAUAAGCAAGUUGUAAAAUGUUCAUGUUAUGAAGGAUGGACAUUAAAUCCUGAUGGUGAGACCUGCAGUAGUGUUGAUGCAUUUGAAGCGUUUAUAAUUUUUUCCAUACGUCAUGAGAUUAGACGGAUUGACCUUCAUAAAAGAGAUUACAGUCUAUUAGUUCCUGGUUUGAGAAACACCAUAGCAUUGGAUUUCCAUUUUAAUCAGAGUUUGCUCUACUGGACUGAUGUUGUAGAGGAUAAAAUUUACAGGGGCAAGUUAUCUGAAACUUCAGGUGUAAGUGGAAUUGAAGUGGUAAUUCAACAUGGCCUAGCUACACCUGAGGGCUUAGCAAUAGACUGGAUAGCUGGGAAUAUUUAUUGGAUAGACAGUAAUUUGGACCAAAUAGAAGUUGCUAAAUUAGAUGGAAAAAUGAGAUCAACAUUAAUUGCAGGUGGUAUGGAACACCCCAGGGCUAUUGCACUGGAUCCUCGAUAUGGUAUACUUUUCUGGACUGACUGGGAUGCUACUUUUCCACGUAUUGAGUCAGCAUCUAUGAGUGGUGCAGGAAGAACAAUAAUUUAUAAAGACAUGGAAAGCGGCGCUUGGCCUAAUGGUCUAACUGUUGAUCAUUUUGAAAAAAGAAUUGUUUGGACUGAUGCCAGAUCUGAUGCUAUUUAUUCUGCCCUGUAUGAUGGAACCUCAAUGAAAGAAAUUAUAAGAGGCCAUGAAUAUUUGUCUCAUCCUUUUGCUGUUUCUCUAUUUGGGAGUGAUGUUUACUGGACUGACUGGAGAACCAACACAUUAUCAAAAGCAAAUAAAUGGACUGGGCACAAUGUUAGUGUGAUUCAAAAAACCAGUGCACAACCUUUUGACAUCCAAAUAUACCACCCAAGUCGCCAACCACAAGCUCCUAAUCCUUGUGCUGCCAAUAAUGGAAAGGGGCCGUGCUCCCAUCUGUGCUUGAUCAAUUUCAACAGAACUGCAGCAUGUGCAUGUCCUCAUCUUAUGAAGUUAUCAUCUGAUAAAAAGACUUGCCAUGAAUGGAAGAAAUUUUUGGUGUAUGCAAGACGAUCAGAAAUACGAGGUGUGGACAUAGACAAUCCAUACUUCAAUUUUAUCACAGCUUUUACAGUGCCUGACAUUGAUGAUGUUACCGUGGUGGAUUUUGAUGCAGCAGAAGAACGGUUGUAUUGGACUGAUAUAAAGACUCAGACAAUCAAACGAGCUUUCAUUAAUGGAACUGGCUUAGAAACCGUCAUUUCAGGAGAUACUCACAGUAUUAGAGGACUGGCAGUAGACUGGAUAUCUCGUAAUUUGUACUGGGUUAGCUCUGAAUAUGAUGAAACUCAAAUUAAUGUGGCCAGAUUGGAUGGUUCCUUAAAAACCUCAGUGAUACAUGGAAUUGACAGAGCUCAAUGUCUUGCUGUUCACCCAGUCAGGGGAAAGAUAUUCUGGAUGGAUGGAAACAGUAUAAAUGCAGCAAAUAUGGAUGGAAGCAACAGCAAGAUUCUCUUUCAAAAUCAGAAAGAACCAAUAGGUUUAUCAAUAGAUUACGGAGACAACAAGCUUUAUUGGAUCAGUUCUGGAAAUGGAACCAUAAAUAGAUGUAACUUGGAUGGGAGUAAUUUAGAAGUUAUAGAUUCAAUGAAAGAAGAAUUAACAAAAGCAACUGCAUUAACUAUUGUGGAUAAUAAACUAUGGUGGGCUGAUCAAAACUUGGGGCAAAUUGGAACAUGCAACAAAAGAGAUGGAAGAAGCCAGUCUGUAAUGAGAAACAAGACAUCAGGAGUAGUGCACAUGAAGCUAUAUGACAAGGAUUCCCAGCAAGGUACAAAUCCAUGCCAACUAAAUAAUGGUGGAUGUUCACAGCUAUGUUUACCAACAUCAGAAUCCACUAGGACAUGUAUGUGCACUGUUGGCUAUAACCUAAGAAAAAACCGCAUGUCCUGCCAAGGUAUUGAAUCAUUUCUAAUGUAUUCCAUUCAAGAGGGAGUCAGAGGAAUUCCACUUGAUCCAAAUGAUAAAAUGGAUGCACUGAUGCCUAUCUCUGGAACAUCAUUUGCAGUUGGGAUAGAUUUCCAUGCAGGAAAUGAUACCAUCUACUGGACUGAUAUGGGAUUCAACAGAAUAAGUCGCUCUAGAAGAGAUCAGACAUGGAAAGAAGACAUUAUAACAAAUGGUCUUGGAAGAGUGGAAGGAAUAGCUAUUGACUGGAUUGCUGGAAACAUUUACUGGGCAGAUCAUGGUUUCAAUUUAAUUGAAGUAGCAAGAUUGAACGGCUCAUUCAGAUAUGUUGUAAUAUCACGUGAUAUCGACCAGCCCAGGGCAAUUGCAGUGCACCCGGAAAAAGGAUAUCUAUUCUGGACUGAGUGGGGUCAGACUCCUUGCAUAAGCAGGUCGCGUUUAGAUGGGUCAGAAAAAAUUAUGCUUGUGAACACCGGAAUAGCUUGGCCAAAUGGGAUCUCUGUGGACUAUGAGGAAAAUAAAUUGUACUGGUGUGAUGCACGAACAGAUAAGAUAGAAAGGAUCGACCUUGAGAGUGGACGGAAUCGAGAGAUUGUGCUGUCAGGGAGCAAUGUGGAUUUGUUUUCAGUUGUAGUCUUUGGGGCUUACAUCUACUGGUCUGACAGAGCCCAUUCCAAUGGUUCUAUCAGAAGGGGUCACAAAAAUGAUGCUACGGAUGCUGUUACCAUGAGGACGGGUCUUGGCAUUAAUCUAAAGGAUGUAAAAGUUUUCAAUCGAGCUAGAGAGAAAGGUACCAACAUUUGUGCCAAAAAUAACGGAGGAUGUCAACAGCUUUGCUUAUACCGUGGAAAUAUGCAAAGGACGUGUGCCUGUGCUCAUGGAUAUCUGGCAAAAAAUGGAGUUACUUGUCUUAAACAUGAGGGCUACUUGUUAUAUUCAGGGAGAACAAUACUAAAAAGCAUACAUCUCUCUGAUGAAAACAAUUUAAAUUCACCGAUACAGCCAUAUGAAAAUCCGGAAUAUAUAAAAAAUGUGAUUUCAUUAGCAUUUGAUUAUAAUUCUAGUGAAAAAAGCACCAACCGCAUCUUUUACAGCGACGCUCACUUUGGAAAUAUUCAAAUAAUUAAUGAUGAUUGGACAGGAAGAAAACUCAUUGUUGAAAAUGUAGGCUCUGUUGAAGGUCUGGCUUAUCACAGAGCAUGGGAUACACUUUAUUGGACAAGUUCUACCACAUCAUCUAUCACACGGCAUACAGUGGACCAGAGCCGAAAAGGGGCAUUCAACAGAGAAGCUGUUAUUACCAUGUCUGAAGAUGACCACCCUCAUGUACUAGCACUUGAUGAGUGCCAAAAUUUAAUGUUUUGGACUAACUGGAAUGAACAGCAUCCAAGUAUCAUGAGGUCAACACUUUCUGGGGAAAAUGCCCAAGUCAUUGUGAGCACAGAGAUUCUCACACCAAACGGUCUCACCAUUGAUCACAAAGCAGAAAAACUUUACUAUUCCGAUGGCACUUUAGGAAAAAUAGAGAGGUGUGAAUAUGAUGGAUCACACAGAUAUGUGAUUGUGCGAUCUGGGCCUGGUACCUUUUUAAGUCUGGCUAUCCAUGAUGAUUACAUAUUUUGGUCAGACUGGGUAAGAAGAGCUAUACUUCGCUCCAAUAAGUACACAGGAGGAGAAACGAAGGUUCUUCGAUCUGACAUUCCACAUCAGCCCAUGGGAAUCAUAGCUGUAGCAAACGAUACCAACAAUUGUGAACUGUCACCAUGUUCAUACAUGAAUGGAAAAUGUCAUGACUUGUGUCUCCUUACUCCUGAUGGACGUGUUAAUUGCUCCUGCAGAGGAGAUCGAAUAUUGCUAGAUGACAACAGAUGUGUGACCAGAAACUCUUCCUGUAACUUGUUUUCUGAGUUUGAAUGUGGAAAUGGUGAAUGCAUUGAUUAUGAGCAAACCUGUGAUGGCGUUGUUCACUGUAAGGACAGAUCAGAUGAAAAACAAUCAUAUUGUGAAAAUAGAAGCUGUUGGAGAGGCUUCAAGCUUUGUGGUAAUCAACGCUGUGUUUCCAACAAUAAAGUAUGUAAUGGUGAAGAUAAUUGUGGUGACAACACGGAUGAACUAGACUGCAAAAUAUCAGCAUGCGCCUCUACAGAAUUCCAUUGCACAGAUGGGACUUGCAUUACUAAAUCAGCACAGUGCAACCAGAUGAUUGACUGUUCAGAUGCUUCAGACGAGAAGAAAUGCAACUACACAGAUUGCACUCAUUACUACAAGCUUGGCGUCAAAACUUCUGGUUUUAUAAAAUGUAAUACUACCUCACUGUGCAUCUUGCCAGAAUGGAUAUGUGACGGUGCAAAUGAUUGCGGCGACUAUACAGAUGAAUUAAAAUGCCCAGCACAAAACAAACACAAAUGUGAAGAAAACUAUUUUGGGUGCCGAAGUGGAAGGUGCAUUUUAAGCAGCUGGGUCUGUGAUGGGCAGAAAGACUGUGAAGAUGGGAUGGAUGAGCUACAUUGUGAUACUUCCUGCUCAUGGAACCAAUUUGCCUGCUCUAAGAAUAAGUGUAUAUCUAAGCAAUGGGCGUGUGAUGGAGCAGAUGAUUGUGGUGAUGGUUCUGAUGAAAGUGACACAAUAUGUGGUUCUGUAACUUGUGCCGCUGACAUGUUUAGUUGUCCUGGAUCUCAUGCAUGUGUUCCUCUCCACUGGCUUUGUGAUGGGGAAAGAGAUUGUCCAAAUGGAAGUGAUGAACUAUCGACAGCAGGCUGUGCCUCUGUUACUUCUUGUGAUGAAAAUGCUUUUAUGUGCCACAACAAAGUCUGCAUCCCUAAACAGUUUUUGUGCGAUCAUGAUGACGACUGUGGAGAUGGUUCUGAUGAAUCUUUGCAAUGUGCCUAUCGCCAAUGUGGCCCUGGUGAAUUCAGCUGUGCAGAUGGAAGAUGCUUAUUGAAUUUUCAGUGGCAAUGUGAUGGAGAUUUUGAUUGCUUGGAUCACUCUGAUGAAGCACCAUUAAACAAAAAGUGCCAAAGCACAGAACAGUCAUGCAACAGUUCAUCUUUUAUGUGCAAAAAUGGAAAGUGUGUUCAUGAGGGAGUUCUUUGUGACACUACUGAUGAUUGUGGAGAUGGAUCCGAUGAGAGAGGCUGUCUUUUAAAUGAAUGCUUAAGUAAAAGAAUCAGUGGUUGUUCCCAAGAUUGUCAAGAUCUCCCUGUUGGAUACAAGUGCAAAUGUUGGCCUGGAUUUCGAUUGAAGAAUGAUGGCAAAACAUGUGUAGACAUUGAUGAAUGUUUAUCUGGCUUCCCCUGUAGCCAGCAAUGCAUCAAUACGUAUGGAACCUACAAGUGUUUAUGCACAGAUGGCUAUGAAAUUCACCCUGAAAAUCCAAAUGGCUGCAAAUCUCUUUCAGUGGAAGAACCUUUCCUGCUUCUUGCUGAUCAUCAUGAAAUAAGAAAAAUGAGCACAGAUGGAUCUAAUUACACAAUGCUUAAACAGGGAUUAAACAAUGCAAUUGCAAUGGAUUUUGAUUACAGGGAAGAAGUUAUAUAUUGGAUUGAUUCCAGCAGAUCAAAUGGAAGUCGUGUAAAUAGAAUGCUAGUGAAUGGCAGUGACGUAAAGGUGGUACAUAACACAGCUAUUCCCAGUGCAUUAGCUGUGGACUGGAUUGGAAAGAAUCUCUAUUGGUUUGAUACAGAAAAGAGAGUUAUUGAGGUCUCUAAACUAAAUGGAUUGUACCCUACAAUUCUUGUAAGCAAAAAAAUCAAAUUUCCUAGAGAUAUGUCUGUGGAUCCACAAACAAGGUAUUUGUACUGGAUAGACUGUUGUGAAUAUCCACAUGUUGGCCGUGUUGGUAUGGAUGGCACUAAUCAAAGUGUUGUCAUAGAAACAAUGAUUUCUCGACCGAUGGCUCUGACUAUAGAUUAUGUCAACAAAAGAAUCUACUGGGCUGAUGAAAACCAUAUUGAAUUUUCAGACAUGGAUGGAUCUAGAAGGGACAAAGUUCCCAACCAAGAUAUCCAAGGGGUGAUUGCGCUAACAUUGUUUGAAGACUACAUCUACUGGUCUGAUGGAAAAACAAAAUCUCUAAGCCGUGCCCAUAGAACCUUAGGAACAGACAAAGUUUCCCUGGUUAAUUCUUGGCACGCGAUAUCAGACAUUGAUGUAUACCAUGUAUACAGACAACCUGAUGUGCCUGACCACCCUUGCAAAACGAACAAUGGGGGCUGCAGUCACUUGUGCCUGUUAUCGCCUCAGAAGUCACACUCUUGCGCUUGUCCCACUAAUUUUUAUCUUGCAGAAGAUAAUAAGACAUGCUUGUCUAAUUGUACUGCCAGUCAGUUUCGCUGCAAUACAGAUAAGUGCAUUCCCUUUUGGUGGAAAUGUGACACUGUUGAUGACUGUGGUGAUGGAUCAGAUGAGCCACCUGAAUGUCCGGAAUUCAAGUGCCAGCCAGGGCGAUUCCAAUGUGGAAGUGGACUCUGUACUCUUCCUGCCUUUAUCUGUGAUGGAGAAAAUGACUGCGGUGACAAUUCUGAUGAACUAAACUGUGACACAUAUGUCUGCCUGUCGGGUCAGUUCAAAUGCACCAAGAAGCAGAAAUGCAUUCCAAUAAAUCUUCGAUGCAAUGGGCAUGAUGACUGUGGAGAUGCAGAAGAUGAGAUUGAUUGCCCUGAAAACAGCUGCUCUCCAGCUCACUUUCAAUGUAAAACUACAAAGCACUGUAUAUCUAAACUCUGGGUGUGUGAUGAGGAUGCCGACUGUGCAGAUGGUUCUGAUGAGGCAAACUGUGAUAAGAAGAGCUGUGGAUCCCAUGAAUUCCAGUGUAGAAACAAAAAUUGCAUCCCAGACCACUGGAGAUGUGAUGCUCAGAAUGACUGUGGAGAUAAUACAGAUGAAGAAAACUGCAAACCCCAGACUUGUGGAUUAAAAGAGUUCCUUUGUGCUAAUGGCGACUGCAUAUCCGCUAGAUUUUGGUGUGAUGGAGAAUAUGAUUGCGCAGAUGGUACAGAUGAGAGAAAUUGUGAUUCUGGUUGUUUAAAAGACCAGUUCCAGUGUUCUACAGGACAAUGUAUUCCAACCAAAUGGAAGUGUGAUGGUCAUGAAGAUUGUAAAUCUGGAGAUGAUGAAAAAAACUGUGAACCAGCAUCUCCAACAUGUUCUUCAAGUGAAUAUGUAUGCAAUAGUGGAGGCUGUAUAUCUGCGUAUUUGAGAUGUAAUGGAGAAUAUGACUGCGCUGAUGGUUCAGAUGAGACUGAUUGUGUGACAGAAUGUAAAGAAAAUCAGUUUCGAUGUAGAAAUAAAGCCUACUGUAUCCCACUGAGAUGGCUUUGUGAUGGGAUUCACGACUGUGUGGAUGGAAGUGAUGAAGAUAAUUGUGACAGAGGGCCAAAUAUAUGCAGAGCUGAUGAGUUCCUUUGCAAUAAUACUUUGUGUAAAUUAAAUCUUUGGCUAUGUGAUGGAGAAGAUGAUUGUGGAGAUAACUCAGAUGAAGUGCCUGAAAUGUGUGUAAAAUUUCCGUGCCCACCAUCAAGGCCUUUCAGAUGCCAUAACAACCGUGUGUGCCUGCGAACAGAACAGGUUUGUAAUGAAUUGGAUGACUGCAGUGACAACUCGGAUGAAGCUCACUGUGGUAAGUUAAAGCAGAAAGUGAAACCUUGCAAAAAAGAUGAAUUCACCUGCAGUAACAAGAAGUGCAUAGCUUCUGAUCUUCUGUGUGAUCAUUUUGAUGACUGUGGAGAUGAAAGUGAUGAACAAAACUGUAAAAUAGAGUACAGUGAAUAUUCCUGUGAUUCUGAUAUAAACCCAUGUGGAGAUGAUGCAUACUGUAAUAACACAAAAGCGCCUGCUUUUUGCCAGUGCAAUGCAGGAUUCCAGAGAAACUUGCAAAACAAGCAAUGUGAAGAUGUUAAUGAGUGUUUGCUGCUGGACAGCUGUUCUCAUCAUUGUACCAACUUAAAAGGCUCAUACAGAUGCAAAUGUGACAGAAAUUUUAUUGAAAAAAAUAGAAGCUGUAUUGCAAAAGACUCAGAAGAUCAAAUACUUUACGUUGCCAAUGACACUGAAAUAGUCGCUUUUAGGUAUCCAUUCAGUUAUAAUGUGGAGCACCACCAAAUAUCUCAUAUUGCGCAUAACUCCAGGAUAACAGGAAUGGAUUUGUAUCAUCUAGGAAAUAUGAUUAUAUGGAGUACUCAGUUUAACCCAGGGGGCAUUUUCUUUAACACAUUUAAGAGUAGAAGAGGAAAAGAGGCAAAGAGUGGACUAAUUUGUCCUGACUUCAAAAGACCAAGGGAUAUUGCUGUUGAUUGGGUUGCUGGAAAUAUCUACUGGACGGACCAUUCACGCAUGCAUUGGUUCAGCUAUUAUACAUCUCAUUGGACUAGUCUUAGAUACUCUAUUAAUGUAGGACAAAUUAAUGGACCUAACUGUACUCGGCUCUUAACUAAUAUAGCUGGAGAACCAUAUGCUAUUGCUGUGAAUCCUAAAAAAGGAAUGAUGUACUGGACAGUCAUUGGUGACCAAUCACAUAUUGAGGAAGCUGCAAUGGAUGGAACACUAAGAAGGAUUUUAGUGCAGAAAAACUUGCAAAGGCCAACAGGUCUUGUGGUCGAUCACUUUAGUCAGCGCUUGUAUUGGGCCGAUUUUGAAUUGUCAGUCAUUGGAACAGUUAAACUUGAUGGUUCAGAUUUAAUUAUAGCUGUCAGUAGUAGGCAAGGACUUCUACACCCUCAUAGAAUUGAUAUUUUUGAGGAUUAUAUCUAUGGAGCGGGUCUUAAAAAUGGAGCAUUUCGUGUACAAAAAUUUAGAAAUGGUGAUAUUGAAUUUCUUAAUUUAAAUGUUGAAAAAACAAAAAGUGUUUUGAUCUCACACCAAUACAAGCAACCAAAUUUGCCUAAUCCAUGUUUGAAUAUGAGGUGUGAUUUUAUCUGCUUGUUAAAUCCUUCGGGAUCAUCCUGUGUUUGUCCAGAAGGAAAAAUACUUUUAAAUGAAACAUGCACAGAUCCUAACUUUGCAGAUGAUGCAUGUAAAUUGCCUUGUGAAAAUGGAGGGAGAUGUGUUAUAAAUGAAAAAGGUGAUCCAAGAUGCCAUUGCUGGCCGAAUUACUCUGGAGAAAGAUGUGAAGUUAACCAGUGCAACAAUUACUGUCUGAACGGAGGGACCUGUACAGCAUCUGUGCUAGGUAAACCAACUUGCAGCUGUGCAGCAGGAUUUACAGGUCCCAACUGUGGUCGUAAAGUGUGUGAUAAUUUUUGCCAAAAUAGUGGAACAUGCAGUGUAUCUUCUGGAAAUCAGCCUUAUUGCCACUGCCUUACAGAGUACACAGGUGACAGAUGUCAAUAUCAUGUAUGUCAUCAUUACUGUGUAAACUCUGAAUCCUGCACUAUUGCUGAUGAUGGUAGUGUUGAAUGUGUGUGUCCAAUGAGAUACGAAGGGACCAAAUGCGAAGUGGACAAAUGCACAAGAUGCCGCGGGGGACUUUGCAUAAUAGACAAAAAUAGUUAUGAUAUAAGCUGCAAUUGCACCAAUGGGAAGAUUGCCUCUAGCUGUCAGUUAUGUGAUGGGUACUGCUAUAAUGGUGGCACUUGUCAGCUUGACCCAGAAACAAACAUCCCUGUUUGUGUAUGCUCAGCCAACUGGUCAGGAAAGCAGUGUGAGAGGCCAGCUCCCAAGAGUAGUAAGUCUGACAAUGCAAGUACAAGGAAUAUUGCAAUUGUUGUACCAUUGGUAUUAUUGGUAACUCUCAUAACAACUUUAGUAAUUGGACUUCUACUUUGCAAAAGAAGACGGAGGGCAAAAACAAUUAGAAGACAACCUAUAAUAAAUGGCGGGAUGAAUGUGGAAAUUGGAAAUCCAUCUUAUAAUAUGUAUGAGGUAAACCAUGAUCACAAUGAUGGGACACUUUUAGAUCCAAAUUUCAUCAUAGAGUUGGAUAAGUCUAGGUUCAUAGGGGGUGGGCCUACAGCAUAUAAAAUAGCCCACACUGCACCGCCUAUCUACAUAAAUUCUGAGUUGAAAGGACCGCUAGCUCCUGGGCCAACAAAUUACUCCAAUCCAGUGUAUGCAAAACUAUUUGUGGAUGGACACAAUUGUAGAAAUUCUUUAAUCAGUAUUGAAGAGAGAAAAGAACUUCUUCCAAAGAAAAUAGAAAAUGUGAUACGGGAGACUGUGGCUUAAAAUCAGCUGUUCUGUUACCUUUUAUACUCUGUAUAAAUGUAUAAAAUACGAUUACUUUUCUAUGUACCAACAGUAUUAUAAUUGUUUUGU